AUGGAAUUUUUAUUAGGAAAGCGUAAGUCUCUAAGGCAAUCGUUUACGAUUACUGCCAGUGCUUUAGAUGCUGAAAUUCUAAAGCCUGACGUGGAAGUUAAUCAACUCCAAGUAUUGAGCUCACAGUUGGAAGGAUCAUUCAACAGAUUAGAUGAAGUUCAGUCACAAAUUUCCGAACUUUUGUUGAAAAGUGUAAACGAAAAAAACAAAAAGGUGAAUUCCACUCCUGUAAUUACACCUGGAACUUUAAAAAAUUCAACGAAAAGGAACUUUAAAUUACCUAAGUUGGACCUUCAAAAAUUUAAUGGGGAGACCCGAAAUUGGUUAGGAUUUUGGAGACAGUUUAAGAAGAUCCACGAAGAUGUAAAUAUAGAUGACGAUGACAAAUCUCAAUACCUAUUACAAGCAACGAUCGUUGGAUCCCCAGCGAGAGAGCUCAUAGAUAGUUAUCUUCCCUCAGGCGGGAAUUAUAAAGAAGCUAUCAAGCAGCUAAAAUCUCGAUUUGCACGAGACGAAUUACUGGUAGAAAUCUAUGUUCGCGAAUUAUUAAAAUUGGCUUUGGCUCAAGCUAGGAAAAAAGGAAAUAUGGUUCUAUCCAACUUAUAUGAUAAGUUAGAGACGCAACUUAGAGCUUUGGAGACGUUGGGGGUAAAACGUGAGAUUUAUGCAGCUAUGCUGUAUUCCCUUGUAGAGUCUUCACUACCUGAAGAAAUUUUGAGGGCAUGGGAGCGAUCUCGCCAGCUUGAAAGUGAAAAGCGUCUUCAGUUGGCCCGUACAAGGUUUUCUGCUCCAGACAAAUUUGACUCGGUUCUAGCCACAGCAGCUUGUAUUUAUGCAGGAGAUUCAAAGAAGAAACAGCUUAAUUUUUGUGAUUGGUGUGACAAGGAAACACAUAAUUCUUAUGAGUGCUUUAAGCUGCACAGCCUUUCAUUGGAAGAUAAGAAAAAUUUACUAAGAAAGAAAAAAGCUUGUUUUAACUGCCUAAAAAUUGGGCACGCUGCCGAAAAGUGUAAAAGUUCUGUGAAGUGUCUAUUUUGCAACAAACGUCAUGUAACGGUGAUGUGCAAAGAUCUAAAAGGUUCCAGAAGUUCAAGAAAGGAAGCACUUAAAGUAGCUAACGAAACGACUGAGACUUUAUUGUCUAACCAAAAACUGCAAACAAGUCUUCUCCAAAAUAUUAUGGUGAAGAUUGUCCAUAAUGGAAAAAAGGAACUUGUGAGAACGCUUUUUGACAGUGGGUCACAAAGAUCUUACUUACGGAAAGACAUAAUGAAGAAACUAGAUUUAGUCCCAUUAGAUCAACAGACUUUGAGCCACAAUUUAUUUGUUGGAGUUGAAACUGAAUCGCAGGUCCAUAUUAUUGUUGAUAUCGAAAUACAAGGGACGGAAAAUAAAUUCAAUUACGAAUUAUCGGUUUUACAUAAAGACAAAAUUUUUGUGUACAUUCCUAGAGUGAAACUCAAACAUAUAUGUUCACUUCGAGAACAUAAAAUCAAAAUCAGUGAUUCUGGUAGAGAUACACCAGAUAUCGGAUUGUUAAUAGGAGCCGACUAUUCCGGAUAG